AUGUAUCAAUCGGAUAUUGUCGGCGUCAACGGUGGACACUAUAUCUCUGUGUGCCACGAUGGUGACAGCUACAUCUACCUCGUUGGUGGAAUCGGCUUGGAUGUAGAAAACAAGUACACCCUAUGCUUUGAUCGCGUGGAUCGCUUCAAUUUAGACUCCGAGCGGUUCGAGCAUGUUGCGCAAGAGCUUACCUUUGGCCGUAGGAAGUUCUCCAACUCGUUCUUCCACAAGAACCUGCUCUAUAUCGUGAAUGAUUCGGACAUAUCAUCACUGGAUGUCAACACCAAGGAAUUCCUCAAGGUCAGCACCUCCGAGGACGUCAGCCUAGCCUUCAGUUGUUUCGAUGGCAUUGACAAUGUCUACAUCAAGACCAAUAUGAUGUUCACACGAUACACAACGUUCUUCCACAACAACCUGCUCUAUAUUGUGAAUGGAUUGGAGAUAAAAUCAUAUAAUUCCCAGGCUAGAACAUACCGUGAGGUCACCAAGAUCACCUCCACCGAAAACGAUGAUCACAAUUCCCUCUGUUGUUUCGAUGGCAUUGACAACAUCUACAUCAAGACCAAACUGAUGUUCACACGAUACACACUGUCCACCAAACGCCAAGUUUCACUUCAGGUCUGUCCAAUACAUGAGGAUUUGAUGUCGUUGGUGUAUGAUGCAGCGGGUUCACGGAUCUUCUACUUUUUUGGCGAAGGCGAGAACCAUCUAUACUCCAUUCAAGAUGACACAUGGACAUUGCUACUCAAUGAUAAUGACAGUGCAUAUCAUUUAAACCAGGGAAUAUGUUUGAUUCGCGAUUGA